GACAGAAGGAGAGAGAGAGCGAGAGUGGAUAAACGCCCCAGACUGUUUGACAGACCUGCAAUUCACUCACACACAUCAGUCAGGCCACUUAGUCAGUCCUCCGCACCAAUACAAAACACUCAGACGCAGGCAGGCAGGCUUAAGCGGUCUCACAGACAGAGCGCGAUUUGUCAGUGAGGCUUGGCGCCUCAUGACGCCGACGCCCCACGCCCCGCUAGGCGUCAUGAGGCGCGCCAAGCCUCACUGACAGGUACGUAUACGCAGCUAGGUGGUCCGAUCGAGAGAGAGAGAUGCAAUCAAAACGGCCGGCCACAUGACAUGCAGGUGACAUGCAAUGCAUCAUUCACGGCCUUCCAGCACAUGGAGCGGGUGGAGCGGACACACAAUUCAACUCAGUCAGUCAGUGCUGCUUGGACGGUCGAGAAUAUGAUGCAACCAAAAAGAUCUCCGUCUCUCUCUCUCUCUGUCUCUGUCUCUGUCUCUGUCUGUCUGUGUGUGUGUGUGUGUGUCCUUCGACAAACACUUUGACGGCUGCCGCCAUAGUGGUCGAGGCGCACGCCAUAGGACACCAUCACACCAACACUGACUGCACAUCGAGCGAAAAAAUCUUCCUGCCCCAUGACCCAGAGGAUAUGCAUCAGCUCCGCCCACAUAGUCCGCCCGCCACACCCAGCUGUCUGUGCCAAAUCCGCCCCUUGGCGAGCGAACUAGCCAGAGUCCAUCGACGGCGUCGCCCCACGCUGAACACAUGCACAAACGAGUCGGGCCUGCCUCGCCCGCGCUCCAUGAACGGCCUCGCCCCCGGCCCACUUGAAAGAGACCAUGACCCAGGUUUGCUGUCUGUGAGCAAUGUCCUGUGAGUUGCAGCGACAUGAGUACCUCUCUCUCCUUCUCCCCCACCGCGUCCCUUCUCGUCACCCCCAAACACACACACACACACCCCGCCUGGCACCCCACAGGCGUCAAUCAGACUCGGCCACGCCACGUGGCACCACAGACCAUCCCAGCACUACCUACUCCUCCACUUCAUCAUCCAUUUCAUCAUCCUCACUGACCUCCUCCCAGCUGUCGCUGUCGUCAUCGACUGCAUCAUCACACCCGCUAGCCGCCGCUGGUGGUGGUGGUGGUGUGGGCUGCUGGGUCGAUGGUGUGGGCUCCUGGGUCGAUGCUGGCGCUGGUGUUGCUGGUGGUGGUGGCGGUGGUGGUGGUGUGGUGGGCUGCUGGAGUGCGGCCCCCAGCUGCUGCCAUGUGAACUGGCAGUCGGCAUCGCCUAGGUGGGCGUUGAAGCCCUUGACCACACCCGGCACGCCCCACUUGGCCACCUCGUCCAGAACGGCCCGAUGUACCACCUCACGCAGACCGACACGACCAGCAGUGUGCACCGCAUGAGCAAGACGGCCGUCGGCACCCUCGAGCACGAAGCACUGCAGCGGCACACGCACCACCUGGCCGCCCACAUCGGCCGUCCCGCCCACCACCUCCCUGUUGCUGCUGGCCUUACACACCGCCGAGCGGACGAAGUGCUCCGCCGCCGCGAACACACGCCGGGCGAGGACGCUGUGCCGCAUGCCCAUGGCCUCGGUGAUGGCCUCCUUGGCGGCAGCCAUGUCGAAGAGGUAUGACGCGAUGCGCCAGCCGAAGACGGGGGCCUCCUGCGGGCCGACGGACAGCCGGGGGGUCAGAAGUGCCGCGAAGGAGCGGUGGGGGGCGAUGGCGGCGUUGACGGCCGCCAUCACGGCGAUGGGCAGCUCAUUGAGUACUGCCGCGUACUCCGUCAGCACCAGCCGGCGCUCACGGCGGCCCUCCUGUGUGUCUGUGGGAAUGCUGCUGAUGUCGGCUCCCGCCCGCAGCAGCGUCCGGAUGGUCAGCUUGCACCCGCGAUACCGGUCCUUAGUCUGCUCGGAUGUGUCGGGGUCCUGAAUCUGCUCGGUGAGGUGACUGAGGUCGCCGGCAGCUGUGGCGAGUGGUGUGUCGGUGCCGAGGAUGUUCCGCUUGUUGAUGUCGUCGGCAGUGGGCAGCUUCCGGCACAGGUAGCAGGCCAAGUAGGGAUGGCCAGACUCUGCCGCCCAAUGCAGCGGCGUCCGUCCAGUGAUGUCCUCUGCCGCGAUGUCGGCCCCGUGCUCUGCGAUGAAGUUGAGGUAGCCGUCGAUGAAGGACUGAGGAUGGUGCUCCCCCGCCCGCAUGGCCGCCAUGUGCACCAGGUUGGUGCCAUUGUCGUCUUGUACGAUGGCGAGGGUGGGGUCGCGCUGGAUGAGCCGCUGGUACAUCGACAGCAGGGCCCUCAGAUAGUCGUCGGGGGGCUGACGCAGGGCACAGGGGAGCACCAUCACCCACUGCACGCGCCCGUCGGACGUCUCGGCCAAAUCAAUGCCAUCCUGCACCAUCAGCACGUCGAAUGCCUUUUCAUUGCCGGAUGCGACCGCCACGUAGAGGGGCAUGCUGUCGUCGUCAUCGACUGCCGCGUCGAUGUCGGCGCCUCCGUCGAGCAGUGCAGUCAUGAUGUCCUCCUGCAGCUGAUCGGACGACCACUGGGGCAGGGCAACGGGACGCUCCAGUAGUAUCUGUCCACUGGGGCCACCGUCAUCAUGUCCUGCGCGGAUGGUUCUGAUGGUGUAGCCCGACUUGUCGUCAAUGCUGAGAGCCAGCAGCGGGUGGGCAGUGCCGGGACACUUGCUGCCCUUCUUGCGCAGUCGAGGGAUGACAUUGACGUCGGCGUCCCGCUCGAUGAGGCCGGUCACUUGCUGUGGGCUCGUGCUGGUGCGGCCAAUGAUACCCACUGCCAGGUCCUUGGUAGCGUCGCUCGUGCCCACGGGGAACACAGCCUCGAUCUCAUCCGCCGCCAAACAGCCGUCCGGCACAGCUACCGAAUUGGCCGCCCCCGUGGGAAUGGCCACACCUGCAACACACACAGCCACCACACGACGGACAGAGUGAAUGAGUGUGUGCGCGGAUCGCAUUCUCUGUCUGUCUGUCUGUUUGGCGUCUGUACCUUCCUCCUCAUAGUCGACACUGUCCGCGUCGCUGUCGUCAUCGUCGUCCAUGUCCAUCCACCCCCCGUCGUCGCCAACGACCUCCUGCAGACCAUCCUGACACAAGAAGAGAGCGGCGAGUGAGUCAAAUCACAUCCACUGUUGUGUUGGUGAAUGAGAUGAGUGCCUCACCGGUUCAUCCCCCUCGACGGCCAUCUCGUCGUGCAUCCCACCACCCUGCUGCUGCUGCUGCCCGUCUGAAGACAAACACAUCCGGCCACAUAUGAUGGACAACGUGCUGCUGCUCGUGUCGUGUUGUCCGGGGCUGACCGUCAGCCAUUGCUGCCUUCAAAAAUUACCGGUGAAGAUGCCCGUCAUCGCUG